AUGUUGGCCAUCUCUAUGGACCGGCUGUGGUCCGUCACCUGGAGUGUUCACUACAGAAACAACAACACGACGAGAAAGACGAUCGCCAUCAUCAGCGUCGUUUGGUUGCUUGACGUCAUCCUCAUUCUACCGGCGAUGAUUGUCGACCGCGUCCGGGAACACCCGAAGUGGAGCGAUCCGACGCUACCCGGAUUCCGAUACCACUGCUUCUGGGAUCCGGCUCGGAACGGCGUCUUCAUUUACUCGGUGAUGGUGAUAUUCAUCGAGUCUUCACUGCCGAUGAUAAUCAUCUGCUACGUCGGCGUGUUUUACGCGGUGAAAAAGCGCGCGAAAAUGAACGGGGCGGCCAUUUGGCAAGCAUCUCGCAGUAUUUCCACUAACUUUAGCAACGUGGCUAGCAGCAGCCGGACAACCGAGCAAGAGAGGCCGACGGGAGACGCAGUAUCAGCAGGUGUCGUAGUCACGUCGCCGAGGAUAAACAGUGCAAGCGCGUCGGUCGGACGGCCCGUGCCGACGACGGUAGUACUCGCCGUCGUCGCUGGGAGGCGUGGCGGUAGCCGACGCACUUUCGUCGUGCUCACCUACGUAGUGGUACCCUUUAUUUUCUGUUGGGGCGUCUUCUUUGUGUUGCUUAACGUAAAGGUGGCGGAUCCGAACAGCAUUUCAGACACGACCUACACGCUGCUGUUCUGGCUGCCAUAUUUUAACAGCACCUUGAACCCCGUCCUGUACGGUAUCAGUAAUCCGGAAAUUAGAAAGGUCAUCCGUCAAAUUCUACAAUGUAAAUAA